UCUCUCACCCACAGCCCACGUCCCUACAGCGCUCACUGCGGCUCCCGACAAAGCCGGCCCGAGCUGAAGCCGCCGAUUUCUGGAGUGUCCGAGUCUGGCUCAGUGCACAGGGCGAUGGGGGUCGCUCCUUAUCUCUGUCUCCUUCUGUCCUGUCUGGCAGGUGUGCGGUCCGACGUCGUGCUGACACAGCCCGCCUCAGCGGUGGUAAAGCCCGGGGCGUCCCACAGACUGACCUGUGAGGUCAGUGGGUUCGAUCUCAGCAGCUACUACAUGCAUUGGGUGAAGCAGGUCUCCGGGAGAGGGCUGGAGUGGCUGGUGCAGUAUUACUCCGAAAGUAGCAACAAUUACGCGCCUGGAGUCCAAGACCGGUUCACCGCUUCCAAGGACCGCAGCAACUUUUAUUUGCAAAUGAACGACCUGAGACUGGACGACACGGCCACCUAUUACUGUGCGAGAGAUAUUGCUGGGAGGGGGUAUGGAGCACGGCGGUGGGGAGCUGAACACAAACUGGUGCCGACAAGUGAGCGUCUGCAGCGCAGCCUGUCUCCAGCGACUCCGCAUUGCUGCUUCCCAGAGUCACUGAGUACCCAGGACGCUGAGGAUAUUGUGGGACGAAUGGUGCUGGCUGUGGCUGGCAGUUCCAAAGGGAACCACCAGUGUUCAGCCACUUACACUGGAGUCAGUCCUGGACCUCCACAGACCCACUGUACCCCGGAAUUUACUGAACGGCAGAUGCCGCCGGGCCUGUCACCACACUCCACCACAUGGAGCCAGGUCCUGCUGGACUUCCCAGGAUUACACUGGGGAAUCCACCUCAAUGAUUCCCUCCCAGGCCGGACCUGGCAAAGGAUCACAGUCCCCAUUCAUGUGACUGGGGACUCUCGACCUCCAAAGCUCAUCCCCGUUGUUCCAUCCCCGGAGGUUCUCCACAGUCAAACAACUGCUGUCCUGGGCUGUGCGAUAUCUGGAUUCUAUCCUGACAACAUUAAGGUUUCCUGGGAAAAAGCUGGAUCUACUCGAGCAGGCAUCGUUCUCGCUUCCACUUCAACAACUGAUGGCGGAUUUCAAACAGUCACUUACCUGACCGUCCCUGUGCAGGAAUGGAUCAGCAAACAGGAAUAUACUUGUGAAGUGACCCACACACCUUCUGGUUUCAGAGAGAAGGUCAACAUGAGGUAUCAAGAGGAAUUGUCUGUCUUUAUCCAAAAUCCCUCCACUGAAGAGAUUUGGAUCAACAAGACGGCUACUCUGGUGUGCAUGGUUGUGGGUGCUGAUCUGAGCCAGGUCCAAAUCUACUGGCAGGUGAGCAAGAGGGAGAAAAUUAAAGGAGAUGUGACCAAAAAACUGAGAGAGGAAGGGACCCAAGACACAGUGAUCAGCCAACUCCAGACCAGUGUGGAGGAGUGGUCCAGUGGUGUGGAGUACAUGUGCUCUGCCCAACAACCUUCUUCAUCCUCAGCAGUGUCAGCGCGGACAAAAAGUACCAAAGUGGAGACAAAAAGUCCCAAGGUCAGACUGCUGCCUCCACCACACGAAGGGACCAAGAGUAGGAACAUGGCCACCCUCGAGUGUGUGGUCUCUGGAUUCUACCCGGACCACAUAAGCGUCACCUGGGAGAAAGACGGCUCCCUGAUCUCCUCCAACACCAGUGCUACACCGACUGCUCUGGAGCAGGGGGGCACUUUCAGUGCCAGCCACUUCCUGACUGUGAGUACAGAGGAGUGGAAGAAAGGCUCAGUCUUCAGCUGUACAGUGUCUCAUCCCCCCUCCAACACCAGAGUCAGCCAGGAGGUGAAAAGCAUUCAAGAAUUGUCUGUCUUUAUCCAAAAUCCCUCCACUGAAGAGAUUUGGAUCAACAAGACGGCUACUCUGGUGUGCAUGGUUGUUGGUGCUGAUCUGAGCCAGGUCCAAAUCUACUGGCAGGUGAGUGAGAGGGAGAAAAUUAAAGGAGAUGUGACCAAAAAACUGAGAGAGGAAGGGACCCAAGACACAGUGAUCAGCCAACUCCAGACCAGUGUGGAGGAGUGGUCCAGUGGUGUGGAGUACGUGUGCUCUGCCCAACAACCUUCUUCAUCCUCAGCAGUGUCAGCGCGGACAAAAAGUACCAAAGUGGAGACAAAAAGUCCCAAGGUCAGACUGCUGCCUCCACCACACGAAGGGACCAAGAGUAGGAACAUGGCCACCCUCGAGUGUGUGGUCUCUGGAUUCUACCCGGACCACAUAAGUGUCACCUGGGAGAAAGAUGGCUCCCUGAUCUCCUCCAACACCAGUGCUACACCGACUGCUCUGGAGCAGGGAGGCACUUUCAGUGCCAGCCACUUCCUGACUGUGAGUACAGAGGAGUGGAAGAAAGGCUCAGUCUUCAGCUGUACAGUGUCUCAUCCCCCCUCCAACGCCAGAGUCAGCCAGAAGGUGAAAAUCAUUCAAGAAUUGUCUGUCUUUAUUCAAAACCCUGGCAUUGAAGAGAUGUGGCUCAACAACACCGCUGUCCUGAAGUGCACGAUUAUCUGUACUGAUCCGAGCAAGGUCCACAUCUCUUGGGAGGUGAGCGGGAAGGACAGAACUAAAGAAGCUGUGACCCGACCACCGGAGAGGGAAGGGAUCCGAAACACAGUGAUCAGUGAACUCCAGACUAGUGUGGAGGAGUGGUUCAGUGGGGUGGAGUAUGUGUGCUCCGCCCAACGACCUUCUUCACCCUCAGCAGUGUCAGCGCGGACAAAAAGUACCAAAGUGGAGACAAAGGGUCCUGAGGUCAGACUGCUGCCUCCACCACAGGAAGAGACCAAGAAUCGGAGCACGGCCACCCUCGAGUGUGUGGUCUCUGGAUUCUACCCCGACCGCGUCAGCGUCACCUGGGAGAAAGGCAACUCCUUGAUCACCUCCAACACCAGCGCUACACUGACUGCUCUGGAGCAGGGGGGCACUUUUAGUGCCAGCUACUUCCUGACCGUGAGCUUACAGGAGUGGAAGUCAGACUCAGUCUUCAGCUGCACAGUGACACAUCCCCCCUCCAACACCCGUAUCAAGAAGCAAGUGAAGAACAUCCAAGAUGAAUGUUCAGAUACCCGCCCCUCAGUCACUUUAAGCAAACCUUCCUUCGAAGAGAUCUGGACGAACAGGACGGCAACCAUUCUGUGUAAGGUGGUUCACACUGAUUUACAGGGAUUCAGGGUAACCUGGCAGGUGGACGGAAGGAGGAGAGAAGAUGGGGUGAGGACUCAGGGUCCACACAGCGACAGAGGUGAAGACACGAUCACCAGCAGACUGACAGUCCCUGCUGCAGAGUGGGACAGUGGGGCUGAGUACUUGUGUCGGGUGGAGGACAAGAGUUUGCCAACGCCGGAGAAGAGAUCCAUCAAGAAGGACACAGGUGGUGUUGUGACUCAUCCUCACAUCUACCUCCUCCCCCCUUCAUCGGAUGAGGUAGAGACAGAUCAGACGGUAACCUUGAUGUGCCUGGUCACCAACUUCUCUCCUGCAGAGAUCUACGUGGCCUGGAUGGCCAAUGACACCCUUCUGAAGACAGGGUUCGUGAACCAGCCGGUGACCAAGGACACCAGAAACGGCUGGAACACAAUGACCAGUCAGUUGAAGGUUUCUCCAAAGGACUGGAAUAGUGGCACCACUUUCUCCUGUGUGGUGGGACAUGAGUCGAUCACAACCAGUCUGUUCCGAAGUAUCAAUAAAUCUCACAGCAAACCCUCCCUGGUCAAUCUCUCACUUGUUCUGACUGAUAGUUUUAAAUCUUGUGUAUAAGACCGCAUGAUUCAAUCAAUAAAACUCUUGUUAGUUUUAUGAUUAUUAACUGUCACGGAGGAUAGUUUAACUCAUUAAAGCAUGAUCAAAAUCUGGACCUUUGAAAAUAAUUAAGAACAAAAUUUGAAUCAAGAAUCAAAUUAAGCUACAAACAUGAUUCACCACAAAUCUCAGAGCUUCUGGGUCCCGUUUCAGACCUUUCCCUGCCAUGUUCAAAUGGAUUUCAACACUGUGUGGGAUUGCACGAGGUAUUAAAUCUUUGUAUGUGUCAAUGUACUGAUCCAAGUUCAAUAAAUGUGACAUGAAAAC